UCAGCACUGGUUAGUUGGUCCAGAUGUCGGAGGACCAGCGGCACCAGCGGGCCGAAGGCUCCCGGCGGGGGGAGGGCAGCCUGGAGGCGGGGGAGGGCGACACUGAGCCCAGCAUGCUGCUGCAGAAACUCAAAAGCAACAUUUCUAAGAAUGUUCAAACCAAAGUGGAUCAGAUCCUGCAAGAUGUUCAGCGUUUCUCUGACAACGACAAGUUGUAUCUGUACCUCCAGCUGCCCUCUGGACCCAGUUCUGGAGACAAGAGUGGCGGCGACUCCAGUUCAUUCAACACAGCCGACCAGCUUCACACCUGUAACUGGAUCCGCAGUCACCUGGAGGAGCAUUCAGACACCUGCCUGCCCAAACAGGACGUCUACGAGACAUACAAGAGAUACUGUGAGAACCUGCAGCAUCGUCCUCUAAGCGCCGCCAACUUUGGGAAGAUCAUCAGAGACAUUUUCCCCAACAUCAAGGCGAGACGUCUCGGCGGCAGAGGACAGUCUAAGUACUGUUACAGCGGCAUCAGGAGGAAGACGGUUCUCAACAUGCCUCUGCUGCCAAACCUGGACCUGAAGAACGACCCGGCGGAGCUGACCGAGCUGGUCCAGACCUACAAACAGGAAGUGACGGAGGCGGCGUGUGAGCUGAUCUGUGAUUGGGCGCAGAAGAUCCUGAAGCGCUCCUUUGACACGGUGGUGGAGAUCGCUCGCUACCUGAUCCAGGAGCACAUCGUCAACCCUCGCUGCAGCCAGGCCGAGCUGGUGACCUCCGCAGCGCUCGCAGGAGGUCCAGCUAAAACCCACAAAGUCAUCAAGAAAGCUCCUGUGAUCUCCAAAGCUGACGGCGAUGGAGCUGCAGAUCUGAAGAAGGAACUCGGGGAUUCUUCCUCCUCGUCCUCGUUGAAGGCGCCUGGAGACAAAUCUGCUGCAGCAGCCAAGUCUUCCUCGCUGGACGCCCCUCCUCCAUCCUCUUCCUCCUCUUCCUCUUCCUCCUCGUCUCUGCGUCCUGCGGUUGAGGCCUUCAUGAAGCAGUUGCCCAGAAUCCUUCCUCGGAGCUCCCUACCUGAUAAGACCCUCUCUGUGCGCUCCUCUCCACCUUCGCUGGCUCCCAAAGACGCCUCUGGUGUUGGAGGGGCUUCAGGGCCCGGAGGCCCCGCUGCCGCCGCCGCUGCCAGUGGUGGUGGGGUAAAAGUCAUCGCCAUGGCAACGCUGCCCCAGCAGCAGGGCGGGCCCGUCCCAGUGAUGAUCCUGCCUCAGGGCUGUCUGUCCUACGACAGGGAGAAGGUUGCCCCACCUCCUCCUCCUCCUCCACCUUCUCAGCAGCAGCACACCCCAGCAGCCCCCACCUCUGUGGUCCAGAAGGCACGAGCGAGCGCCAGCAAGCGACCCCUGGAGGCGGUGACAUCAGGCAGCGGCGCUGUGGGGGGGUCUGGUGGAUCUACGGCCAGUGCUCCUCCGGUGAAACGGAAACGAGGACGACCAAGAAAACCUCGCCCGGAGGACUCCCUCCCUGCUCCCGCUGCUGCUCUCCCCACUCAGCCUGCCCCUCCUGCUCCUCCCUCCCACCCAUCCAUCAUCACCUCCCUCACCGGCGGCGUCAUCCAGAAGGCCUCCUCCUCCUCGUCUUCCACCUCGCAGCCGGUGCUGGAGCUGGUGAUCCAGGACCAGCCGGGGCUGGUUCUCAGUCAGCUGCCCGCGGUGUCGGACCCAGCUCACCGGCUGGUGGACCACCGCAGCGUAGUGGUGCAGUGCCAGCCGGGCGGAGCGGCCGAGCCAGACCGCCACAGCAGGCAGCUGUUGGUGUUCCAGAGUCCAGGGAACCACAGCUGGGAGCUGGCUGCGCCGGGACGGACGCCAAUGGUGGAGGUGAUCCAGAAAGCUCCAAGACCGAGCAAUAACAACAGCAGUGCUGCUCCUCCGCCUACAGCCCACCUCCACCCGCCUGCUCUGCCCCUGCCCACGCUGCACGAGGAGCGGGGUGAGGUGGAGAUAACGCUGACGCCAGUGGAGCUGCAUGUCAGCCCGCCGCCUCCUUCCACCUCCUCUGCUGCUCCCGUUGCCUCCCCCUCCGUUUCCUCCACCUUAAUGGUGAAGAUUGACGAGGAGGGUGGAGAGAGCAGCACCUCCUCCAAGAGAGAGGGACUCUAGUCUUUUUUUAUCAGCCUCCCUCCAUCACUCAGCUUUACCUCGCCUGCAGCAAAGCCCUCCCCCUUACCUCUCCUCUUCCUUGUUGGUGGAAAUCCCAGAUUGGCGGCAGCAGAGAGCCAAUCAAAGAGGAUACAUGAAGCCAAAAUGUCGACACGCUGUCCUUCCAUCGGCUCCAUUGCACUGUAAACAGACUGGACGCUGUUAGAAACCUGCAUGUGUGUCUGUGUGUGUGUCGCCUGCAGCUCCUCAUACCGUCCUCUUCCUUCCUUCCCUACUUCCUUCCUUCCUUACUCGCCUCCUCUUAUCCUUUGCUUCAUUUCAGAAAAAUAACACAGAUAAAGAAAAGAUAAAGGAAGGAGGGGAGAUGAGAGCGAGGAGGAACAGUGUGUUCAGUGUUGAAUCACAGGUGGAGUCGGUAGAUACAGUAGGUACUUACGGGUCAGAGCCUUGUGAAGGUUCUCUGUGCUAAAUAUGAAAAACCUCUUUAACGGAGCUCAGCGUUGAUUCUCCUUCACCUCACAGAAACGCUGGAAAAUCAGCUUCCAGACUGAAAGCAGCAAAGAAGAAGUUUUUAAACAGAAUUAUAGUGAAGGUGAAUCAAAUCUUGGCUCUGCUCCUCUGUUCUAAACAGCUUUGUGUUUUUAUCUGUGUUGGUUUUGUGCGUGUUUCUGAUUGUGUGUGUGUUUAAGAGAGAAAGAGAGAAAACUUCAAAUCACUCAAAUAUCACAUCCUGUAAAAUGAGCCAUCUCAUAUACAAUUAGGUCAAAUUAAAUGAGACUUUAUUUAUUUCUUCAGGCUAUUAUUUGUCAAAAAAAAACAUUUGCUGGUCGACAACAGUAAAUUUUGAGAGUGGAAAUUCUGAAAUGACUUUACAUAAAAUCGAUCAAAGACUCAAAAACACCAAAUGUCAGGUCUGUUUCAACAGGGCUGGGUAUCAUUUGAAAUAUUUAUUACUUGAAAAUGUUGGUAAUAUUUCAUCAAACCUUCUUUUUCUGUUUUUUUUUUUACUUUCUCAGGAGCAGAUUGGAGCUUCAUUCUUUUUUCAGCAAGAGAACUGCUUUAAAAAUGCAGCAGAUCAUAUCGGUUGCCGGUAAUAAGAGAACAGUUGGAUGUUCUGUCAGUUCAGAUUGAGGGGUGGAAAAAACAAAUGCUGAUUAAAUUACAAAUCGAUUUACAAAUGCUUUCACAAUCUGACAGUUUACAAGAUGCACAUCCUUGACUCAAAAGAGGACUUUAUAACUCGACUUUACAAAAACUAUUAAGUGCACUAAUGUUGAUCAGUACAUUUAUUUUUUAUUUUUUGCAGUUUCCAUUCAGGAAGAAGCCUGUAAGAUGCUUCCAAGUUACUGCAGUUUAAGCUGCAGUAAGCAGAAAACUGGGGAAAACUACCCAGACUUUAAAAAUGUACAGUUUCCUCCUGUCGCUCUUCCAUCUCUCCUCUUUUUUUAGACCCUCCUAUUACUUGAGCAACAAGCUAAAGGUCAACAUUUAUUUGUGGCUUUACCUAAGAUUUUAAACCCACUCUCCUGAGUGAAGUUCUUCCAUCUAACCUAACUUUGUUACGAAUAAUACUAUGUCAUUAGAUUGUUAAAAACAUCUGUGAUUGGCCAAAAUAUCCCAUCAUGAGCUAGAUUUUAUUUCUCCUAAAUUGGAGCUAAACACAGGUUCUGAAUCCAACCAGAUGUUCAUUCGUCACAACAGUGCUUUGCUGCGAUAUCCAGCCCUGAUGAUCCCAACGCAACCCGACGGUGUCUCUUAAGUCUCUGUGACCUUCCAUCCAGAGUUCAUCCUUUCAUUUGCGCUCAGCCGAACCCGGUGGGAAACAAAUGUCAGUUAAUAAGAAGAUGAUUUGUGUUGAUGUGCUGGCCUGUGAGCUGAACCUGACCACCGAGUUCAUCUUUCGGCUCAGGCACAAAGAGCAAAGCACAAAGUUACCUGCCACGUAGCGCUAACACUCAUUUACAUGCAGUAAAACAUCAUUUGUUCAUUAUUUGUAUAGAAUUAGCUCCUGUAGCACCUCAAGUCCACAUGAAUAGCCUGGUAGCCGGCUUAGCUGUUGUUGUAUGUUGCCAUGCGCCCUUUGCACUAACUUCUGCCACCUCUUCGUGAUGAUUGCCACUGCAGCUCUGUCUGCAUCAGCAAUGUGACACGACCACGUUUGUUUCUGUCGCUGACGUCCCCCGCCUUAUUUUCACAUCAUUUCGUCUUUAUUUUGCAGCAGGAGAAGCUUGAGAGUUAAAAGCAGCAAUUACAAGAUCUAAAUAGACUAAAUGCAAACACAAACUGUUAUUUAGGAAAUAAAUUGCUACAUAACAGUGAGUGAAAAUUAAUGAAAAUGACAGCGUGUUUCUUCAGCCUUAACCAGCCCUAAUGGGUUUUAGUUUUCAUGCAUUUGAAUCCACAUCUUAUCUGCGUUCAGUGUUAGAAUAACUGGAUUAAUGACUGGCAAUUUAACUCGUGAGAUUUGCGCAAAGUAUUGUCUCUUUAAUAAAAGUCAAAAUUGAAAGUAUUGAUUAAUUGAUUAGCAAAUGAUCAGCAUCAUUUUUGAGCAAAAUAUCAUCUCUUGGUUCUCAGACAUCUUGGAUUUAAACUGAACGUCUUUGUGUGGCUUUAGGAUAUGACACUUUUAUAAAACAAUUCAUCUACUGAUCCAAACAAUAUUGUCAUUUAUUAAUAUUAAAAAUAAUUGGCAUUAAAUUGCAGUUAAUGUUCACAUUAUUUUGACUGUUUUGCUCAGUCAAAUAGAAAAGAUUUUGAUUCCAAUAUUCAGUUUAAUAUCUUGUCAUUUUCACAAUUGAGAUCUUUAUUUAUUCAAAAGUCUAGCAAUCGAUUAUCAGAAUAGUUGUAAACUUUUCUGUUGGUCGUCCAAGUAUUUAUUGUCUAAACAGAAUUAUUAGAGCUGCAACAAUUCAACUAGUUACUUACAGAAAAGGAAUAUGCUGCAGUUUUAGCACAAUUUAGAAGGAGCUUUUAGUUACAUUAAAAGAAAAAGAAUCCACAAUAUUACAGUUUUGUAGUCUUACGUGACUAUUAAUUUUCUGUUUUAUGGUUUACUCAAAAUAAGACAUUUGAGGGUUUAAUCCAGAAUGCUGUAAUGGUUGUUUUUCAUCUUUUAGUGAUGUUUCAUUGGCCAAAUAAUCAAUCAAUUAAUCAAGAAAAUAUUUAGAAUUCAAAUAUCCCUAAAUAGGUUGCAGCCCUAUGAAAUAGCAUGAACCUAAGUUGUAGUAAGCUGUAGUAGCUGUUGUUAAGAAGCAGCAGGACCAUCAAAAGGGUGAAUUUAAAUUCUGUUUGUCCCGUGUUAAAUCCUUCCUCUUCUUCGCUGGUUACUAAAGGAGUUUGGUCCUCCAUCAUCGUGGAAACGUCACAUUGCUGAGGUUUUCUUCUUUGCCUCUGCUGAACGGCCUCUCGCUCCGUGCGGGAGCGUCUUCUUCUUCUUUGUUGGUGCUACAAACGGCAGGACUUGGCGUCUGUGCCGGUCCUCGCCGUCGUCCCCUCUGUAAUGUAUAAAGCCCUGUUUGCUCGUGUGUCUUCAGGUGUGAAUGCAGCCGAGUGUGUGUCGUCGUUUCCCUCCGUCCUGUGACAACGAGAGCUUCAGGUCAGUUAAAGGGACGCUGAAAAAUUCUGACUGUUAAAAUGUUGCAUGGUGGGAAAGUGAGUUUUAGCACUUUGCCAUGAAGUGAGAGCAGCAUAGUCUAAACGCUCACCACUGCAACGCAAUUUGUAGUUAAAUGGAGCACUAAUAAAGAUAAAAGUCAUUUUUUUUAUGUGAAGUGCCAAAAUGUUUCCACCUGGUGGAAAAACAAAAUGUGUCGGAGUCCCUUUAACCACCGAGCCUCCGCUCUGUUCAGACAGAACUGAAACUAAUGUUGCACUGUUAAAUUUAAAACAAGAGGAAGUCUGUGUAUGUUAUGGAUUUAUUGUUAUAUGCAUUGAAAACAUACAUUGACAAGUAUUUAUGAGUAAUGUAAACAUUCUGCUUUAUGCUUGCACUCGGCGAAAGGCUGACCAGCUGUGUCGGCUUUAGUUUUUUAUGGCAGAAAUUUGGUCAAAAUAAUAAUUCUUGUUUAAAGUGAUGAGCAGAGAGUUUAGCAGUAUGAAUAAAAUACGUUGUUAUAUUAACGUCGCAGUAACUGGAGGGAUGUAGGGAGAAGAGAAUAGACGAGUUGGUUAAAGCAACAUUUCACUUGUUGGGUUUUUUUUAUUUACAGCAACCAGAAGUAGGGACACCUUUCUAGAGGCCUGUGUAUGCUUCAAAUGAAGUAGUUCAUCCAACAUCUGAAGGCUCCUGCAGAGGUGUUUACUAGAGUCACAUGACUUGGACUUUAGUCAAACCCCCGAAAACCUACAGGUUGGAUGUGCAGAAAAUCAGCUUUUAAUUUACUUGAAUAAACUUAGAUUCAGUCCAGCAGCAGCCAAGCAGGAUCAGAAUGUUUGUCAGACAUUAAAAAAAAGCCCAGGAGCGGUUUCUUCCGGUUUUGAAACACGAGAUUGAGGGUUUGGACGUGACUGAGUCUAGAUGUGACUUUGGGACUUCAAAACUUGUUUUUAACUCGACUCGUUAUUUCUGACAUUGGAAAAGUUGUUCCUGCAGGACAACACAACCUUAACCUCAGAUAGUGUGGAACCUGUUGGUCUUGAUUUAGGACUUGAUUUGGGACUUGUUGAUCUUGAUUCAAGCAUAACUCCAGGUUUGUUGGUCUUAGCUUGAGACUUUGUAAAGGACUUGUUGUAAGCACUGUUGAAUGAUACAACAAAGUGUUUGAACUUGACCCAGGACCUGAUUUUGGACUUGGAGGUCUCAAACUGGUAUUUAGUUCUGACUUAAAACUUGUUGGUCCUGACUUGGUACUGUUGAUCCAAGAAAUUCUUUGAAGCGCACUGAGGCCGAUAUACAUCCAGAUUCUUACUGGUCUUUAAAAAAAAAGACUCUGAGGCAACUCUCUGGACAAAGUUGCCUGCCAAGUUGUCCAACCAGUUGCUGUCAGUCAUCAGUGUUCUCAUCACUUUGGGACAGAUUGGACUUUCAGAUUCUUAACGGUUCCAAUGUUUUUAUUUUGGUUAAAAGGCACACUGGUACAGAAACCCAGAAUAGACCAUACUGGACUCAGAUUUGAUCUUGUACCUGAUCUGAAAUCUGGUCACGGAUCUGAUCUGAGACCUGCAUUCAAAGUGAAAUGUUGCUUUUGGGGAUCUAUAGUUAAUGUAAAAAUGUCAGACAGAAGGUAAUACAGCAGCUAUGUCCCCCUGCAGGAUCUGCUGGAUAAACUGGACUAAACUGAUCAAACUAGGAAGUGUGACAAAUCAAAGACCGAAGAAGAGUUUGAAAAGGUUUUGGUUGGAUUUAAGGGUCAUGAGCCCUCAGUUUGGACCAACUGCAAUGUUUACUGUGGACGAAGGUUUAAAAAAAGUGUUCUGUGGACAUGAAACCCCGGUUUUACCCAGUUUGGCUUUGUAGCUGGGUGUACUGGGCCCUCUGGAUGUAGAUGGUUUCCUUUAGUUGCCAUGAAAAUGUUUGAAAGGCGCUGGAGUUCAGACCCAGAGGAUCUGAUAAAGGUUCAUGAAGGCACAUAGAUGGAACCGCACCAGCUAACUGGAUGUGUUGAAUCCAGUUCAGAAACUGUUAAUAUCUGCAAGUUCAGGAUUGUUUUUACAGUCAUGUUUGAGAAGUUGUUCAGAGCAAGUCAUUGAUGGAGACUGGACCCCAGUUUGACUCUGAACUGGUCUAACGGGGCGAAUAAACGUGGAGAGUCAUUGCCAGAAACUUUAGUUUGGCUCAGUUCAUCCCCAAACCGGAACAACUGGACAUGAAUUUUCAGUUGUUUGACACUUGGAAGAAGCCUGAACAAUCAGCAGCUCUCUGAAAGUCACGAGCCAAGAGUGGUCUAUGGGAAGUCGGAUAUGGAUGAAGGCCCAGUUUCGGCCGACUAGUAGAACCGAACAUGUAGAGUUUUGUGCAGAACCGGUUCAACCAUGAAAGUCAAAACCUAAAAGGAUUCAGAGACAUGAUUUAUAACAAGACAGUGAAGGCAGGAAACCUUCCAGUUUGGCUCAGUUUGGUCCAGUUUGGUCCAGUUCAGCCCUGCAUUUUAAACUCGGGAUUGAGGGUGGAGGUGUUUGUGGGAAUCUUUCACUGUGGAGCCAAGGUGCUCAAACAAACAAACCAGAAACGGGUUAGAUAAUCAAAGAUAAAGGAUCGUGAUUCGGGUAGCAGUGAGUGGACGCUGAAGGAUCAGACUCAACAACACAACGUUCUCUGAUGUCACAUCCUGUCCUGGAUCUGUUUGAAGGUGCUGCACGCAUCAUUUUUAACUUCAACUUCUGAAUUAGUCGUUAGAAUGACUGAAAAAUGUCUUUUAAGAAUUAUUUAUUGGAGUUUAAAUGAUGCACAGCAGCUUUGAAUGUCGUUCAUUCACCUUUCUAUUCAAACAGCUUGAACUCGUCCAAGAUUUUUGUAAUGAAAAUUUUCAAUGAAACUGUUUUUAUUCCUCUUAAAAGGCCCCUCAGCUUCUAGUUAUCUAGUUAUCCCAACAAGGGAAAUAUCAUCAAAAACUUUAUUUGAUGUAUAAAUAUGUAACUCGUUCUUUCAUUCAACCUUUAUUUAAACCAUGAGAGAUCACUGAGUGCAUGCUGAAAGUACAGAUUGAACUAAACGACAGCAGUACGUAGUUAAAAACAAUCAAAACAAAACUAAAAGCAGUUAAACCCAAGUUAAAAUAAUUAGAAUCUACAUUUAUGGAGAAAACAAGAACCACUAAAAAUAAAGCAAAUGUCGAUAGAUUCAAAACAUUAUUAGAAAAAAUAUUAAUGUUGACUGAAAUAAGUUAUUUGAAAGAGGCGACGAAUAAUCUAGUAGCAAUAUCCUGGAUAUGUCUGGAUAAUAACUGAGUAAAUAUCUGGUAGUAUUUGGUGAAUAAAGAUCCAGUUUACUUCAUACACUCUUUCUGUUUCAGUGUCAUUGAUCAGAAUUUUAAGUAUUAUUGUUGUUCCUGAGUUCAGGGAUAACUUGUUAAUAUCAAAGCAUUACUUUGAAACUAUCAGUUCCUCUUCCACUGUAAUGGCAGCUCCAAAAUCUUCUCGGAAAAAUAUAAAACAUUAAAGAAAAUAGGACCAAAUGUAACACUUUAGGCACUUUACAAACAUAAUUUCAAGUGAAUUUCUCACAUACAGGUGAAUAAAACGUCGCCUAGGCUGGGUCCAGCACUUAAAUCAGACAUAUGGGCAAGUAAUGGAUUAACAGUUGGGAUAGUUCUGUAAAAAUGGCACAUAAAUCAAACUAGUUUGGUAAAAAUCCAACGGUUGGUGGUGAAAGGAACAGCUAAACUGAUGAAGAGCUAAGAUGUUUUAGGUCAGUAUGUGUUUAUAGAGUUAUGAAAAUGUUAGGGAAUUCUUGAUUUAUUGUCACUAAGUAUCAAAAAAAAAAAAUUUUUUAAGAAAAACAACUGAGCACUUAACUGUAAACGUGUUAAAUUGUGACGUUGUCCGCUGAGCGUCUGAAGGUGAUUGGACGAUGGUGACGAGAUGACGAGACGUUGGUUUGGGAGGAGCUGAUCCUGGUCCACCCUGCGGUUGAUGUGAUGGAGGUGUGAAGUGAACGUAGCUCUGUUCGCUGCCGCAAACCCACUCGGGGUUUUCUCACCUAAACAAAUCCUUAAAAACGUUGAUUUAUGUGGAGAAUUGUGUUUUGGUUUUUGCCCUGAGUUUAGCCUUGCAGGCUCAGGAUCCGUCAGCCUGAAUGGGACUGUGGCAGCGAACAGCAGCAUUGGAAGCUUCUUGCUGCCGUUUGCUGUUCCCUUAGUGUUUGUUUCUGUUGUCGCUGUGUGUCUUUGCUGUUUCAGACAGUUGUACAGAUGUUGAUGUGCAGAUUUUCUUCUUCUUCCUGUUGCUAUGACGAUGUUUUCAACUCUCUUUUCUUUGUGGAAGGCGCUGCCGGCUUCCUGCAUGGUUCCCCCCUGUGGCUGUUUGUCUGGUUUUCUAUAUUCUCACCUCUAAACGUUUGUUUUUGUUUACCUGUGACCUGCUGGCUUUGUGUUUAUUUUCUUUUGCACUUUACGCUAAAAAAAAAUUGCAAAGGUGGGAGGUAGAAACAUGAACCCUCCCUGGUUUGGUUUGAAAAUGACAAUAAUCAGUGAAAUGCACCUUUACUUUGCCCUCUUAGUUUUGUUUGUUUGUUGUGAAGAGAAACAGAAGAGUGACGGAGGACAGAAGCCAGAACAUUAAUGUGAAUCUAUUUUCCUACAUUGACGGAAUAAAAGACGUGACGUUCACUCGUUCAAA